GUGUCAGAUAUUCAUAUCAGUAGAUUUCGGGAUCCCAAACGAUCUCCUGACUUCGAAAAAUUCUGUUCUGAAACAAUUGAUAUAAUUCAGCCAGCACUUGUUCUAGCAACAGGUGACCUGACAGAUGCUAAGACGAGAGACAAACUGGGAUCUGAGCAGGUAGAAGUAGAAUGGAAAACUUACCAGUCAAUCCUGAAGAGAUCAAGGGUCAUGGAAAAAACCAAGUGGAUAGACAUCAAGGGGAAUCAUGAUUCAUUCAACAUUCCACACCUGGAUAGCAUUCGGAAUUAUUACAGGAAAUACUCUGCUUGGCGUAAAGAUGGCUCUUUCCAUUACAUCCACACCACUUCUUUUGGGAACUAUUCAUUCAUCUGCGUGGAUGCCACACUCAGCCCAGGCCCUAAGAGACCCUAUAAUUUCUUCGGGAUUUUAAACAUGAGUCAAAUGAAAGAGCUAUCUUUGAUGGCAACAGAAAGUCUACACAGCAAUCAUACUAUCUGGUUUGGCCAUUUUCCCACCUCAACAAUCAUCUCCCCGACCCCAGGAAUACGAACAUUAAUGAGUUCUGCCACAGCCUAUUUAUGUGGACAUCUCCAUACAAUGGGUGGGCUGAUGCCAGUCUUGCACAGUCAACACCAUGGCGGCACUCUGGAACUCGAAUUGGGAGACUGGAUGGAUAAUAGGAGGUACCGGAUCCUUGUGUUUGAUCAUGACCUCCUUAGUUUCGCAGAUCUUAACUUUGAAGAAUGGCCUGUAGUUCUCAUCACCAAUCCCAAAUCCUUCCUUUACAGCAGUUCUGCUCAUGAACCACUAGUCAAAAUUAUUUAUUCCACUCAUAUCAGAAUUCUGGCCUUCUCUCCUUCUGUCAUUAUCUCUGUCAAAGUCUAUAUAGACGGAGUUCACUUGGGGAAGGCGCAUCAGGUGUCUGGCCCUCUCUAUGUACUGCAGUGGAGCCCGCAAAACUACAGUGAAGGGUUCCAUCACAUAGAUGUGACUGUGCAGGAUGCUUCAGGAAGAAUUAGCACUCAGGGUCAUAUAUUUGCUAUGGAAGAAAACCUCUCUCUUAGAUUUGGCUUUUGGCCAUCUGUUAUUCUUCUCACUGACCACUAUGUUCUAGCUCGUGUGCUCUUUGGGCUGAUUGUGCUGAUUCAGAUCGCCUUGCUCGUUAUUUUCAGAUACCUCCAAAAGCCAGCACUCAAAGAAAAGCCAGGAUUGCUUACUCUGACCUCGUAUUCCCUUCAUGUCUUCAGUAAAACAAACACCUUCUAUUACUCAAUUAUGGUUCUGAAUUUAUACACCAUUCUGGGACCAUGGUUUGUAGGUGAACUGAUAGAUGGCCAGGUGGGGGCCUGUUUUUCCUUUGGGGUGUUCGUUGGUGGUUCCUUCUUGCAGGGCAGUCUGACAUUUGUGGUUGGGAUUUUACAGAUGUUGUUUUUCAACCUGCCAUUAAUGGCCUAUCUGUGCUGGUGCCUGUUGCUGCGAUGCCAGGGUCACAGCUUCCGUUCUCACAUCCGUCAUGUCCAACACCUCAUGGCUGUGCUUGUUCACCUGGCAAUGGCACUCCUCCUGGCCUGGCAGGUCUAUUCCUGCUAUUUCCUGCUGCGAACCUAUGGGACCUUGGCUUUCUUCCUCUCCCCAAUGAGAACGUGGCUGGUGGCGCUGACCUCAGCUCUGAUUUACAAAACCUGGACACUGAAAUCAUCUGAGCUCAGAACUUACAUAGUAGAAAUGAAAAACUGUCAGAGCUCCUGAAGUACAAUACAAGUAUUCAAAGUUCUUUGACUUAAAAACUGUCAAGGCACAACCUAUAGUUUUGUGAUGCUGGAAUGCCAUACAGCCCAACCAUUAGGUGGUAAGAUCUGAAGCUGCACCUGCAUUGCUACAGAGCUGUAUUAAAUAGUAAAUGUAUAACAAAAUGUAUUAUAUACUUUCAUUGUAUUAUACAUAUAGAAUAUACUGUAUAAUACAUGUUAUAAUACAGUUAUACAUUAAUACAGUAAACUGUAUAAUAAUCUCUAUAAUAGGGCUUUUUGUGAUACAGAAGAUAGAUAUGUCUGUUUAGAUCACAAAUGGAAAUGUUUGCUCAUUACUACUGUGAAUGGAAAAAUGUUUUUAAUUCAUUAAAUUCUUGAUUUUUAUAAUGCUGGGAAAAAUGAGCAUAGAUCUUGAUAAUGAGCUCCAGGAUUUGUGCUUAACUCUGCUUUUUAUUUCAAGAUUUACAUAUAUUUUUACACGACUAACUACAGGAGUAGACCAGACGUCUUUAUGAAGUGAUGGUUGUUGCAAAGGUGCUGUGGUGGCCUUCACAGUAAGAGUCCUAUGCUUAUACACUUUUUCAGUUCACAAUGCUGUAUACGAGCAGUUUAUAGGCUGUUAGGUGUGUAUAUGUGUGUUUGUGUUUAUGUUUACCUGAGCCAUGGCCUAUUGGUCUUGUCCUGGGAGUGCUGGCUAAUUAGCAUGCUCUCUCUCUGGGAGGAAGUAGUUAUGUUUUUCACUCUUGAGGUUUUCAAUUUUCCCACACUUGACCAGUGAAAGGAGAGUGAAUGAUCAGUGUUGCUGGGAUUCCCAGCUGUAGUCAAGAGUUCAGCUUCAAAGCAAAGAAUGGAGGCAAUAUCCUCAAGAUGGGAGAGCCAGAAGGAAUCGCGUGGUCCGAUGCCUAUAAUGUCUGCAAGCGAGGGGAUCAGGGCUGUAUUUCUGGGUCAAAUGUGCCAAAGAGUGACCUAGGAAAACUCACUUCUUUGUCUUCAGUUUUUCUAAGUCUAAAAAUGAUAGAACAGUUACAUUUAUGAAGAAUGUAAUGAUCCAGAGCCAAGAGAGCUGAGGUGCCUUUAUCUGUAAAGGACAACACUGACCUGCUUCACAAGACUGCUGUGAGUGGAACAUUUAAAAUACUUUAGGUAAUUUUACAGUAACUUAUUUAUGGCUCCUCAAGAAAAAGGAGGGGUAACUUAUUUAUGGCACCUUAGAAAAAAACAGCAGUGACUGUAGUAGAACAUACAGGAAAAUAAACUGAAUUGGAAGAAAAUAUUGAUUACAAUUAAGACUUUUGUUAUGUCUGAAAGAUGACAGUUUUCCUAUUCCUUAAUUCCUGUUACUCAAUGAUUGAUGAUAUAAUACAAAAAAGAAAGUAACAGCUUUCGUUUGCAUAAGUUAAAUACACUGUUAAGAGAAUACAGAAUGUCAUUUCUUGCUACGUUUGUUUUGUAAAGCUGUUAAAAAAUCAAAGAGGCAGGGCCCAAAAUUUACUUGUGAGAAACACUACUGAAAAAUUAAUUAAAAAAAAAAAACUGACAUUUUGCAAUUAAAUUACUUUUAUGUGAUCAGGGAGCAUAAGAAGUGGCAAUGAAAUACUUAAUAUUUAUACCCUGUGACAAGACCCUGUUCUGAAAUGAUACUUUUUUUGUUGUGAUUGUUGAUAUUAAAUGGUGGUUGUAAUC